AAGAGAGAAAGUUUCUUCUCUUCUAUCGAUUUCUGCUGCUGUCGUUAUCAUCGCUGUUUCUGCCACCGUCGUCGUCGCUGUGUGCAGAUUGAAAACUUGAAGAAUACCCAGAAAGAAAACAUGACUAUCGUCGAUGGAGGAGAAUCACCUUCAAGGCUUGAGGUUUGUGCCUUCUCUUGUCUUGUUCAUUGGAAUUAUCAAUAGAGGUUAGAGUUAUUCUUUUAAAAAUUUAAGGGUAAACUAUACCCAUGGUCACUUUUGUUUACCUUAGGUUACGUUUUAGUCACUUAUGUUUGAAAUGUUACGUUUUAGUCAUUUACGUUAUCAUGUUGUAACAUUUUAGUCACUGAGCCAUUAAUCGUCGUUAAUGGUGUUACGGUAAGCUGACGUUGCACGUUAAAUCAUCAUUUCAAACAAAAUUUUAGGUUAAAUUAUACAAUUGAUCCCCAUAUUUUUUUCGUUUUAAGUAAUUUAAUUUUUUUCUUUUAUGUUCUUUAAAUUCUCUUUUGUUUCUCUCUCUGUUUUCAUACCUUUCCCAUUUCUUUUAACAUAUUAGGAAGUCGAAUUGGCAAUGAAAAAAGAAGUAGCAAGUCGACUGUCAUCAUUUGCCUAUAACCAAAACCCAUAAACCCAUAUCAUGCUUCUUUUUUCACUACGAAUUUGACUUCUUGGUAUGUUAAAAGAAAUAAAGAAGGUAGAAAAACAGAGGGAGAAGCAGAAGAGAAUAGAAAAAAAAGAAAAAAAAGAAAGAAAUUUAAAAGAACAUAAAAGAAUUAAAUUGCUCAAAAUGAAAAAUUAUGGGGACUAAUUGUAUAAUUUAACCUAAAUUUUUUGUUUGAAAUGAUGAUUUAACGUGUCACGUCAGCUUACCAUUACACCAUUAACGACAAAUAACGGCUCAGUGACUAAAAUGUUACAACAUGAUAACGUAAGUGACUAAAAUGUAACAUUUCAAACAUAAGUGACUGAAAUGUAACCUAAGGUAAACAAAAGUGACCAUGGGUGUAGUUUACCCAAAAUUUAAUUACAUGUAUUUAAUGUGAAAAAAAAAACCAGGGAAAAAUUAGUGCCAUGAUUGUUUGUUGGAUUCUGGGAUUUGGAUCUCUUAUCGCUUGGAAUAGUAUGCUCACAAUUGGAGAUUAUUAUUAUAAUCUGUUCCCUGUCAGACUACCAUCCUUCAAGGGUGCUUACUCUGGUUUAUCAACCCUUUGCCUUUGGAACAAUGUCAAUAUUGGCAUACAACGAAUCAAAGAUUAAUACUAGACGGAGGAACAUCUUUGGGUACUCACUUUUUGUUGCAAGUACUUUCAUGCUCUUAGUGUUGGAUUUAGCUACAUCAGGGAGAGGAGGACUUGGAUCUUUCAUUGGUAUAUGUGCUAUUGUUGCAUUUUUUGGAGUUGCAGAUGCUUGUGUUCAAGGUGGAAUUGUUGGUGAUUUGUCUUUCAUGCUCCCUGACUUUAUUCAGUCCUUCUUUGCUGGUUUGGCUGCAUCUGGUGCCUUGACCUCUGCUUUAAGGCUUAUCACAAAAGCAGCUUUUGAAAUGUCUAACAAUGGUCUUCGUAAAGGGGCAAUGUUGUUUCUUGCUAUUUCUACAUUAUUUGAGUUCCUAUGUGUCCUAUUGUAUACAUAUUUCUUCCCUAAAUUGCCAAUAGUGAAGUACUUCCGCUCUAAGGCAGCUUUAGAAGGAUCAAAAACUGUUCAAGCUGAUCUUGCGGCAGCUGGUAUCCAAACAAAAGACGACCAUCAUGAACAGAAUGAGAGGCUAAGCAACAAACAACUAUUCAUUCAGAACAUAGAUUACGCGCUUGACCUAUUUCUAAUAUACGUCUUAACGCUGUCGAUUUUCCCUGGAUUCUUAUACGAAAACACUGGUGAACAUAAGUUGGGUACAUGGUAUCCACUUGUGUUGAUAGCAUCUUACAAUGUGUGGGAUCUAAUAUCAAGAUAUCUUCCCCUUGUGAAAUUCUUGAAGAUAGAGUCAAGGAAAGGCCUUACGAUUGCAAUACUUUCUCGAUUCUUACUGAUCCCUGCUUUUUACUUCACUGCCAAGUAUGGUGAUCAAGGAUGGAUGAUAUUGCUCGUAUCAUUCCUGGGAUUAACAAAUGGUCACCUCACAGUCUGUGUAAUGACUGCAGCACCUAAAGGUUACAAGGGGCCUGAACAAAAUGCCUUGGGUAAUAUACUAGUGCUAUGUCUAUUAAUUGGGAUAUUUGCAGGGGUUUCUUUGGACUGGUUGUGGCUCAUUGGUAAAAAGAAUGCCUUCUAAACCAUUCAUCUUUGUUGAAGAUUUGCUUCAGCUACUAUAACAAAAUAAUCUAGCAAAUUUUAACAAGUUUUGAUUUGUUGUUGAUUUUUAGAGAUAUUUUAGAAUCUUUUAGUAGCUGCUAAGGGACGGUGAAAAUGAUAAUUCACCUAUCCAUUCAAUGCUAGCUUUGUCUUUAGGGGAUUUAAAAGCCAUUAUUAACCUUAUUUAUAAACAGCGUAAUUAGCAUGCAUUAAUAAUCAUUUUUCAAUGUCAUGUAAUAUAAUCGAGUAUUUUUUUUUCUUA